GAUUUAGAAUUUGAUGGCUUUAAGUGAUAAACCACCACCACCACAACCAUCACAAUCAAAUGCCGCUCCUCAGCCACUGGUCCAGCGAGCCGGGGCUUUACCUUCCUACUAUCCUACUCAAACGCCAAAUAACGCCGCAGCAGGACCUAGUGCCUUGCCCAACCAGUAUGCCCCUAAUCCCGCUUGGAAGAAUGGCUGGACAAUGGCUGCCUAUCCUUAUACUUCCUCGCAAACUAUAACACCUUAUCCACAGCAGCAAUACCUGUAUGCGCAUCCAAAAGCUGGGUUGGCUGCCUCUACCACUCCAGGGAUUACAGCAGCUACUACCGCAGCCCUCAAUUUUGCUUCGAGCGUAACUAAACCCCCGAGCCCAAUACCUUCGCCGCCAGAACCAUGUAAAAAUUGGGACUAUGCUCUCAAAUCAUUCAUGGAGAGUGUUGGACUGACUCAAGCACUGCGAGGCUUCGAGCGUGAUAUGCUCGUAUUGAAUUCCGACUGGGAAAAUCAGAAGGUACCUGGCGCAUUGCAGGAACUCGCAAAUAACAUACAGAAAAUCCAACAAGGACAGCUGGAGGAACGGUCUCUUGAGGAUCGUAAAAUCGACCAUGUUCGUCUUUCGAAUGGUUCUGAACCCAAGACCCCAACUUCUCUCACAAAAUCGAUCUCAACGUUUUUGGCCCAGAAACGCGCCAAUAACGAAGCGUCAAAUCGUGCAGAAUUUCUACGGUCACUCGCAAAUCUGCGACCUCAAGACGAGGCUUCCUCAGAUGCCUCGAAUAUGGAGUCACCCUCAUCUUGCGCCCGCACCGAUGCAAAGGCUAUAGACCGAAACGCCCAGAUUAAGUACGAUAUCGUCAAAAACGAAGAUGGACCUCUCCGUCGCACGAUGCGGAGUCGUGACGUUUCUGGAUCUACAACUACCACUGUGCUUCCCUCGACUUCCACGUACAAAGGUAAAGCAAAAGCGACAGCGUUCAAAAAUGAAAAAGCAGAGGCUACAGUUGUGAAAGACCUUUCUUCGGAACGUCAUCCAGGCCUCGACGACCGUCUCAUCAAUAUCGAAAAUCAUCUUGCCAUCCGAUAUGUACCUUAUGCUCCGCAGAGCUUAUUAGACCGGCUUCGCUUCCUUGAAGAACACAUCAUCAAGUUAGAGAAAGACUAUCCACCCUGGGCUGCUAUUCAUUUCAACCAACCUAGUCGAAAUGUUGGUUCCAGUGAAUUUUCAUCGCCUGUUAACCUGCUAACACUUUGUCAGUGGCCGCCACCACCAAAACAGACGCCAAUUAUAGUACCUACCAGUAUGAGUCGGCAACCAAAAUUGGAUGCUUCGUCGUACUUAGCUCCUAUCGCUGGCGCUGCAUCCUAUGCUGGUGGCCUUACAAGAGCCAAAAACUCAAGUCUUCACCGGGCUGUGAUGGAAAAGCUCGAGGUGCAUAAUGCCAAACUAGAUCUGACUGGAGGUCGUUAGCUAAGUGUCGAGGAACAUCUCCUCACUUUGUAUUGGUACAUAGUCUACUAAUUCGUUACAUAUUUCCUCUUUACAAUUAGUGUAUACUUAUGUCUGUCACCGUUUCUAACAUGGACGAACUUCUUAAAGGUAC